GCUAUAUAACGGCGAGACCGUAGCACACACUGCGCGGGGUCAUCACAAAGCUGUCACAAACUCAGCAUACACCGACACACCACGCCGCACUACUCGUGAGAAGCAGAGCGGACGAACACGCGGCGCGGACACUGCGAUAUGGAUCCUCGUGCGCUCGGCGCUGGCAUGCUGCUCGCCGUCCUGCUCAUGGCCGCCACCGCGGCGGCGUCCGCGCGCCCCGACGACGACGACGUAGCGGGCAGCGGGGCCGGAGCCGGCGGCAUACGGCAACCGGCGAGCGACGGGUACCGCGGGAGGAAGGUGGGGGCCAGGACGGAGGUGCGGGACGUGGAGAGCGACGGCGAGGUGCAGGAGCUCGGCCGCUUCUCCGUCGCCGAGUACAACCGCCAGCUUAGAGGCGACGGCGGCGGCAGGCUCGAGUUCGGCAGGGUGGUGGCGGCGCAGCGGCAGGUGGUGUCGGGGCUCAAGUACUACCUCCGCGUCGCGGCGGUGGAGGAAGGUGCGCAGAACGCCGGCGGCGAGCGCGCGUUCGACGCCGUCGUCGUUGUCAAGCCCUGGCUCGAGUCGCGCACCCUGCUCACGUUCGCGCCGGCGGCCGCCAAGUAAGCGCGGCGUGCAUCGGUGCAUGUCUAGGUAGUAUAUGUCAGGUCUGCCUUCUCGGAGACCAUGGAGGGUGAAUAAAAGUUUUGCUUGUGUUUUGCAUAAACGUACUAGUACUAGAGAGUGAAGAUGAACUGUACAUGUGCUGCGGCGCAGAUGUUUUUUUGAGGAAGGCUAUUGUACAAAGAGAGUGAGAAUAAAUCGCUGCGCUUCUAUAACUAAGCAGCAGGCUGUUUUGUUCAUCAGAGCUUUCUUCGAAUCAGAAUAAAUGUCAAAGUGAUCAGUUUCGAUUGAA